AUGCUGGUGUUUCUGGUAUUUCCUCCUACCGGAAUGCGUGGAGAAGCGCUGCUGAGCGCCGCGCGCGCUUGCUUGGGCUUCGAGCCCAGCGACGAGAGAUUGAGCGAACAGCACGACGACCCGAGGCACAAGACUCCUGCCAUCGACAUCAACACCGCCAAGUGUAAUCAGCCAAAGGACGAAGUGCCCUACCAGUUCAUCUCGCUGUCAAGUAUGGCAAUACUGGCGUUGCUGGAGAAUACAAUCAAGGAGGUUGUAAAACCGCUGCUACCAAUGAACGUCGAGCUCAACCACUGCAAGUUUACCUCGUGUCUUCAAGAAGACAGCGACAACUGUGAACUGUGA